CUGGUCGGCGCCGAUGUCCGUGGCCGUGUUCACUCCCGACGUGGAAUACGCCAUCGCCCGCGCCUACCUCAGCUACCUCGUCACUUGCUUCCCCUUCCUGGGUGAAAAAGUGAGCUUUCACUUCACCUACCCGAGAGAUCACCUGCCGAAGGACGUGCCCCUGGUCAUCAAUCACCUGGAAGACAGGUGCGAUCAGCCUCUCGGAGUGUUGAAGGAGCUGCUCAAACACAGGGACUCGAAGAUGCUGUCGUGGAGGGAGAGGAUGCCAUACCCACAGAACGUGCUGAGGAACGUGGCCCGGAAGACAUGUGGCACAGAGUGGGUAUUUCUCGUGGACGUGGAUAUCGUGCCCAUUCCAGGAUUGUCUUACACCCUCUCGUCUUUUCUCACAUCAACGCCUGCUCUCAAGUGUAAAAAGUGUGCGUUUGUCGUCCCCACGUACGAGGUAGACGAGCGUUCGCCUCUGCCCUACAACCGGUCGAGUCUCCUGAGGCUGGCGAGCAAAGGGCGCGCCAGGCCUUUCCACCAGAAGGUGUUCGUUCACAACCAACACGCCACGAAUUUUUCCAGGUGGGAGGCCCGCGAGCAGCUGCACCCGAAGGAGGGCAGCGUCACCAUCAGCCACCAGGUGACCAACUUCGAGUUCUUCUACGAACCCUUCUACGUGGCCAGGGAUGACACGCCCCCUCACGACGAGCGCUUCCUGGGAUAUGGGUUCACGCGAAACACGCAGGUGUACGAGAUGUUCGUGAGCGGCUACACCUUCCAUGUGCUGUCCCCCAUCUUCACGCUUCACUGGGGCAUGCAGGUGAAGCGCUCCCGUCCAGCCUGGAGAGAGAAGCAGAAUAACGCCAACAGAAGGCUCUUUGAGGGCUUCAAGAGGGAGGUGUUCGCUCGUUACGGCAAGGAUCCUCUCAACAUGAUGGCGACCAAGAAGACGAAGAAGUCAUAGCGUCGAGUGUGAGGUCGAGGCUGUUGCUUCUGAAGGAUGAGGAUGUCCGUGCUGAAGGCUGAUGCUCCUGGAGAUUGUUGUUCCUAAAGGAUGCCAUCGCUCCUGAGGGAUGUCGGUCCUGAUGGAUGCUUUUCUGCUCCAGGAGGAUAUUGUUCCUGAAGGAUGUCCCUCCUGAAAGGUGUCAGUCUCGAAGACUCUGAAGGACGGCGUAGAGUAGUAAGUGCGAACGCUGAUGUCUUCGUCGACGUUGAGAUGCCUUGACGUCGCCCGUAACACAUGUGUCUCCGGAAAGGCCUGCCCGACGCAGCGAGAAGGACGGCGAGAUGGAAGGUCAUCGACCCCCAGCGCAAUAGGUCUUCGUCACACGGCGAAGCGAAUGGGUUGUUCUCUGUGCCGUUCACAUGCUAUAACAAUCAAGUUGGCAAAUGCGACUGGGCGUUUGCCAUUCCACGUGAGUGUAAGUGACAGGAGGGCAGAACUCCACAUGGGAUUUCGAGUUGGUGAUUCCGUGUGCUGACAAAUUACGAUUAAAAUGCAUUACAUCACCGAGCUUCUUUGCAUCGUCUUGACACGUAAAUCCUAAUAUGCAUAAGAUCAUUAUCAUUUUUUUGAUUCAGUGUCUGCUUAAAAUGGUUUAUUCACUUGAGUUGAAAACAAGCGACGUAAAUGUACUAACUCAAAGGGUUAUUCCGAGUGAGACGACAUAGUGACGCAACCAAGUACACAGUGAACCAGUGCCAUCACCCUUUAAGACUCGCCGAGAAAGAGAGCGAGAUAACGUAAUGUCCGAAGCAUAAUGGCGCGAAGGGAUUACCGUAAUGAGGAUAUAAUGGGGUACUAUUAAUGCAUUCCGUAGAGGGGACAAGAUGGGGAGAGAAGGUUUCGGGUGCCUUCGCUACCCAUCGGCACGACUCUUCUGUUCCCUUUGCCUUUCCUUACACCUACACUCGGAGGGGUGAGAGGAAGGGUCGAAAAGACGUGCGGAUG